CGCGUUACGAUUCUAAACGACUUGGGUUUGGCGGCACCAUCACCUACGGGAUGGACAUGGCAUGCCGGAAUGGAAACACUCACCAGCAAGUAGCCGCUCCCAGCAGAGACAGACGAGCCCACCCGCUGCCCGCGAUCCCCUCCGCACAAAACGUGGCCAAGCAGCGCCCGAAACCCUCUUGCCAAGUCGGCCAAACCACCCCUCCCCCACCACCAUGGGAGACCACAACGAUGGCGAUCUUGAGCACUUCGAUCCGAACCAGUCGCUCGACGAGCGGCGCGAGAUCCAGCGCGGUGUGCGCGGUCUGAUGCGCAAGACGGCCGAGAACCAGGAGGACUUGCUCUCGACGAAGCCAACACUGUAUGCUGAAAUGCUGCGCGAGGCCGACGAGUACAUGCACCAGAUCAAGCAGACAUUCGAGGCCACUGUCGACUCCCGCCUGAUUCUCAACGUGGCAGAGACAGCCUACCGCCGAUCCAACCGCUUGACCGCCGGGGCGGGGACUGUCGGCGGCGUCGACGUUGACGAGCUCGUCUCCAAGUGCAUCACGUACAUGAAACACGGCCGCGGCAUCGCCGACGACUCACACGCCGAGCUGUCUAGCACCCAGCAUCAUCGCCGCCGCCGCACCGCCGCCGGGGGUGGCGGCUCGCGCGACGAAGACGGCGACGAGGACGGCGACGACGGCGACACGCUCAACUGGGCCCAUUUCGGCAAGUAUGCUUGCGUCCCCUACGUCCGGCGCCCCGCGCUGCCGGGCCUGCUCCUCGGCCCGCUCUCGGUCGAGCGCAAAGCCCGCAAGGUGGCAAAGCGCACGGCGCCUCUCCGGAUUAACAGCCUACACGAGGUGCGGCCCGAGGUCCUGGACCCGGAGGCGAUGCAGGCCGGGGCCAACGCCGAGAAGGGGGACCUGACGGCCACCUGCACACGCAUAUUCCGCCUGCUCAACACGGCUGUCCACGAGCGCCAGGAUGCCUGUGUAAACGCUGUCGGGGAAGAGCUGCCUGAGGGCCUGCAAGAAGAUGAGGAUGCGCGCAGGCCCUUCUACGACCGCUUCGCCAUCCGGGCCACGGGUGGCAUCGACCUGCUGCGCUUCGCCGUCAACCCGCGCUCCUUUGCCCAGACUGUGGAAAACAUGUUUUACAUCAGUUUCCUGAUCCGCGACGGCAAGGUCAAUCUCGAGUUUGACGACGAUGGCCUCCCGUCGAUAUGCCCUGUGGGUGACGACGACGACGGCGAGUCAGCCGAAAGAUCUCAUCCGACGCGGCACCAAGCCAUCAUCGAGCUGGACCUGGCAAAGUGGAGGGAGGUGAUCGACGUCUUUAACAUAACAGAGUCCAUCAUUCCUCACCGCGCCGACACGGACCACAGUGGUCCUGGGGCCCGAGGCUGGUACAGCAGCUAAGCGGGACGGCCGCGGCUGAUAACGCCAUAUCUACGAUUGACAUCUUCCUCUGACUGGCACCACUGCCAUGGUUGGACCCCGUCCUCUAUUGUUUCCAUUUACUGUGAUACCCUACUUCAUAGGCAACGUUUACCUAGCCUUUCUGAGCUACGAUUACAAUACAAGCCAUUCUAGGCAUCCACCUUUGGUCGAUGCGGCUCUCUCCACGCUCGUCUCUCCGAGGCCCGCCCCCCCCCC